CUUUUCUCUUCUUAUUCCCAGCUAGCUAGGGAAUUAAAAAUAAAAAAUAAAUAAAAAAAAUUGAUGAAGAAUCAUCAGCUAACAAGGAAGAAAAAACCCUCAAAGAUACAGAUACAGACUAACUAUGAUGAUUUCCCACUGUUUGUCUCGUCUUCUUCAAUCCAUAUACAUCAAGGAUUGUGUGUGUAAUUCUGGAAAAAGGGGUUUCUGAUUAAUCCAGCAAUGUACAGUAAAAUCCACGUGAUUUUCUGGGCAAUUAUACUUUCUCAGGCAAUAAUCACAAACCCUAGUUCCUCUUCCUCACUCACAAACCCUGAUUCCUUCAUCCUGGCCUGUGGCUCCACAGCCGAAACUUCAACAGACAACAAUGGCAGAAAAUGGACAUUCGAUUCGAAAUUCAUCAAAUCGAACGACGACUCUUCCUCCGCCUCCGCCGCCUCCGCCGCGCAGUCACAGGACCCCUCUCUCCCCUCCACAAUUCCGUACAUGACCGCCCGCAUCUUCCAAUCACAAACAACCUACCAAUUCCCUAUUUCCCCCAAACACCGCCACUGGAUCCGCCUCCACUUCUACCCAUCCUCCUACAGCACCAAAUUCGACACCUCCACCUCCUUCUUCUCCGUCGCCGCCGCCGGAUUCACCCUCCUCCACAACUUCAGCGCCGCCGUCACCGCCGACGCCCUCACCCAGGCUUACAUCGCAAGGGAAUUCACCCUACCAAAACUCGAAUCAACCCUCCUCGAUCUCACUUUCACACCCUCCGACAACAACAACAACAACUCGUUCGCCUUCAUCAACGGCAUUGAAAUAAUCUCAAUGCCGGAAAUCUUCCAACCAGCUCCGAUGAUCGGAUUUUCCGACAAAAACAUCGACACACAAUCCUACACUCUCCAGACCAUGUUCCGACUAAACGUCGGCGGCCAAUACAUCGCCGCCAGCAACGACUCCGGCGGAUUGACCAGAACAUGGUACAACGAUUCACCUUACAUAUACGGUGCAGGAUUCGGCGUCACAAUACAGGCAGGCAAGAACACGAAAAUCCAAUACCCUUCAAAAGAGUCCGAAUACAUCGCCCCGUUAAAAGUUUACUCCACAGCAAGAACAAUGGGGCCCAACGCAACAGUCAAUCUGAACUACAACCUGACGUGGAUUUUCCAAAUAGAUAUGAACUUCACUUACCUAGUGAGACUCCAUUUCUGUGAGUUUCAGCUCAACAAGGUGAAUCAGAUGGUGUUUAGUAUCUUCAUAAACAAUCAAACAGCUGCGGCAGAAGCAGAUGUAAUAGCUUGGGCUGGCGGCGAAGGUGUCCCUUAUUACAAGGAUUAUGCAAUCUACGCAAGAGAUGGUGUUGAUCAAUUGUGGGUUGCUUUGCAUCCUAAUCUUGAUUUCAAGCCCGAAUUUUCUGAUUCGAUUCUCAACGGGCUCGAGAUAUUCAAAUUAAACGACACAAAUGGGAAUUUAGCCGGCCCGAAUCCCGUUCCGUCUGCCAUGAAAUUCGAGGCAGAAUUACAGAACGGAAGGCUUAGUACUUCUCCAUCGAAAUCAAGAAACACUGCGAUUAUCAUAGGUUCUGUUUUAUCCUCAUUGGUUGGGUUAGGCCUAGUUUUCGGUCUGAUUACUUUUCUCAACUACCGAAAGAUACGACAAAGUGAAGAAUUCUCAAACAUUACUGCUAACGCUUGGUUGCCUCUUUAUGGAAGCUAUCGUUCUUCGAGAAAUACUAACAGCAGCAAGAGCAGUGGAAGCAGCAGCCGAAUCUCGAGUCUCAGUGGAGGGUUAUGCAGGCAUUUUUCCUUGGCGGAAAUAAAACUCGGAACCGAUGAUUUCAGCGAGUCCCGUGUUAUAGGUGUUGGUGGAUUUGGUAAAGUGUACAAAGGCUUCAUCGAUGGGAAAACAACACCGGUUGCAAUCAAGAGAUUAAACCCUUUGUCCGAACAAGGCGUUCAUGAAUUCUUGAACGAAAUCGAGCUUCUGUCUAAGCUAAGACAUCGUCAUUUAGUGUCCUUAAUUGGAGCUUGUGAAGAAAACGAUGAGAUGAUACUCGUGUAUGACUACAUGGCUAACGGGACUUUGAAAGAGCAUCUCAAUAAAACCAAGAGCAAUCCACCUUUAUCAUGGAGGCAAAGAUUAGGCAUUUGCAUCGGUGCUGCAAAAGGCAUUCACUACCUCCACACAGGUGCAACAAUGUACAGAAUCAUUCACAGGGAUGUGAAGAGUACGAAUAUUUUAUUGGACGAAAAAUGGGUCGCCAAAGUUUCGGAUUUCGGGAUAUCAAAAACGGGCCACCACCUCGAGCAGACACAUGUCACCACGGUAGUGAAGGGCAGUUUCGGGUAUUUGGACCCCGAGUAUUUUAGGAGGCAGCAGUUGACCGAUAAAUCCGAUGUGUAUUCUUUCGGUGUGGUUCUUUUCGAAGUGCUGUGUGGAAGGCCGGCACUUAAUCCAACUCUGCCAAGAGAGCAGGCUAGUUUAGCAGAUUGGGCUAUUUUUAACCAUAGGAGAGAUAGUGUAAAAGAUAUUCUCGAUCCGAGCAUCAAAGAGGAGGUUGACUUUGAGUGCUUGAAACACUUUGUUGAAACGGCGGUUAAUUGUUUGUCCGACCAUGGGAUUUAUCGGCCUUCUAUUGGAGAAGUGCUUAAGAGUCUUGAAUAUUGUUUGCUAUUGCAAAACGAACAUGACGGGAUAAAUUUGGUGGAUAAGCAUGAAACAUUGUUGAGAAUCGAAGAGGGAGAUGAAAAAAUCGAGAAAUUCGAGGAUCGUGUAUAGUGGAAAUGCAGUGGAUUAUGCCUCCAAAAGGGAAAAAAAUGGAUUCUUGAUUCUGUAUUUGGUAGAAUAGGGAAUUUUCUUUAGCUUAGAGUGAUGAUGUAUCUAUGUUUUUUACUUUUUUGGGAUCAUUUUAUUCAUCUAGUUAGUUUAAUUGAGAUUGUUUUUAUCACAUGCUAUUGGAAUCUCCUGAUAAUUCAUUUAUAACAGAUUUUAUUGGA